AUGGGGCCCGGACAUGGAACAGAGGAACAGGGAAACCAGUCGAUCGAUCUCGUUUCUGAGCGUCAGAUGAUGGAGGAACCCCGUACCGAGGACAAGGAGCAUAUCCCUUAUUUGAAAACAUUAAGCGAAGCGGAAGAUCCAUAUCCGAAGCCCCUUACUGAAGGGGACAUCCGUCCGGGAUCCCCACUGUUAAAAUUGGAGAAAGAAGACCCCAAGAAGCAUCAUUGGAGUAUUGGCCAGGAAGUGAAGGAAAGAGUUGUGAUCCAUGGAGACGCAGCUCGCCUAAGGCUCCCGCUCUGA